AGAGAGGCUGGAGAGGCGUGUACCAGCUGUGCACCCGGCUGUGCACACACAGCACCAAGAAUACAAAGGGGACAUGCUGACCUUCACAUUAUGCAAACUACAUCAUCAAUGUACCCAGUACUGCGUGAACUACUGAAGGGCUUGAAGAUCCCCUGGAGCUAGAAGCCAUGACAGCCCAAAAAUAAGACAGUUGGAUUGCAAAUUUUCUGAGCAUGUAGCAUUGAAUUCUAUGGAUCUACGUUUCUCUAGCUCCAAAGGCAAAUCCAGUGUUCUUUACAAUUCUACAAACCGUGUCAGACUUCUAGUGUAUCAUAAAUUGUUUCUAACCCUGUAUUUUUUAGUGUUUCAAAAAUGUCAUUUAGUGCCACCAUUCUGUUCACUCCUCCACAUGGACAAAACGAGGCUAAGUGUGGAUGUAAAAAUGAAAACAACCAAGCAGGAACUGUUCAUGUUGAAGGAGUUACUCCUGUCACAGUAACUGGACAAGGAGUUGCAGUCCAGGGAUGUGAGCAACUUCUACACCUUAUCUAUCAGAGGAUGGAGAAAGCAGUAGGACUGGCUGAAUCUGCAUUAAGUGUAGCUAAGGAAAAUAGCAACCUCUUGAGUAGCCUACAAGAGGAAGUCAGCAAUCUAAGAAAGUUGUGCGAAAAACCUGAAAGAGCCAAAACUCCAACAAUUCCCACUGCUAGAUGCAAAACGCCAGAUGACGAAGAGGUUGAAGAAAUUGGGGGUGUGCAAGUUGUUAUAGAGGAAUUAAGGCAGUUGGGUGCCGCAUCUGCAUCUUUAGUUCCUGGACUUCACACAUCACCUAUGGACAGGAAUUUAAGAGAAGGAUGUUUGUCUGCUGGCCCUCCUCUUGGCGAAACUACGCCACUCCUUAGUCCCAUGCAUGUACCGGGUAUUGACGACUUCUUGAGUCAAGAUGCUUCUGCUCCAAGGAUUUUAGCUCCCAAUUUUGUAAAGCAGCUUGCUACCUCCCGGCCUCAUGGAGAUUCAACAGAUGUUUUGUGUGAAUCUGUUCCCCCAGUUUUAAAGUCCACACAUUCACAUCUUUUGAUUCAAAAAGAUGGAUCCCUUAGUCCUGGUGGGUUAAUGAUGGCGGAAGCCACAUCUGGUACAACUGAUAUGCGGCAACCAGCCUCACCAUCAAUGUUCUCUCAGUUCUACACUGGAUCAAGUAGCCGCCAGAGAAACAAUGGUCAAAAAAACUCCCGUCGGAAACGAGACCUGGUUUUGUCUAAACUGGUGCAUAACAUUCAUAACCACAUCUCCAACAACAAGCGCUUCAAUGGCUCAGAGAGAUCCCAUUACAGCAUCAAGUCAUCCUGGAAUAUUUCUGUUUUAAAAUUCUUGGUGGAGAAGCUGAGACAAGAGCUUGUAUCCAGUAUACACCACUACACAGAUAAAGAAUUAAAAGGUGCAUGUGUUGCUUACUUUCUGACUAAGAGGAGAGAAUAUCGGAAUUCCAUGAAUCCCUUCAAAAGCCUGAAAGAGAAGGAAGAAAAAAAACUGAGAAGCAGGAGAUACAGGCUGUUUGCAAACCGUUCCUGGGGAGUACAGCAGUUUCCAUUGGAAGAUCAAGCUCUUUGGGAAGGAGUGACUGAAGAGUUGAUGUCUGAUGAAGAGGACAGUCUCUCAGAGCCUGGUGUCUGGGUUGCCCGACCACCCCGAUUUCGAGCAGAAGAGCUAUCUAGACUAUGUUACAGAAUAGACUCCCACUCUAAACAUGGCAACAAAGCCAACCGUAUUUAUGGUGCCCUCUGUGACCGGCUCCCAUCUGCAGAGGCACAGCUACUUCCUCCACAUCUCUAUAACCCAGACUGGGAAAGGGAAGAAGAGGAUGAGAUGGGAGAACUGGACGGUGUAGAAAGGGGAAGGAAAUCAUUCUGCCCUGAUCUCAAUGCUUAUAUACAGAUCAAAGUGGAGAAAGAUGAAUGACUGAAGAGCAGAAGCCGCUUCCUUAUAUUAAAUGACAAACCAAACACAAUUUUAGUGGAGGGUGGAUAUUAAUGAUAAGGAGGAAUAAGAGAAACCCAAAUAACUGUAUGAUACAGGCAGUGGAGACAUGUUAGAACUGUAGGUGAAGAACAUCUGUUUUCUUAUGUGGUUAAUGCACACCUUUACUAUUCAAAAUAAAGUGCUAUUUUAUUAUAUUCAUUUAUUAAUAGGAAAUACUGCGUUUCAGCAUAUAUUUUAUAAUUGCUUUGAAAUUAAGUAUGACGAUAAACAUUAGAAGCAAACAGAAAAUCAGAUCCCAUGAUUUUUAAUAUUGUGCUUACUUAUCCCUAUAUUUAACAAAUAUGUAUUUGUGAGGUGUGAAAAAUUGAAUUAAAUGCACAUAUGCACACCUUGAUAACCUCCAACUACACACCGUCCACCUAGCUCCAAGUUAAGCAUUGUUGUAAAUUAUAUCAUGGGCAUCUGGCUGUCAGCAUAGAGAAAGCAAAUAGAGAAGAUGAGAAAUUAAAUACUGGGGGGAUUUA